AAAUUUAACAGUCACAACUCACAAGGGCGUGUCUAUAUAAACCAAGGUCGCCGCUACGUAACGACCAUCUCCUAUUACUCUCUCACACACCUCGCCAAAGAUAAACCCCAGAUUCACAGUUUUAGAUUCCUUUCUUCGGAGAUGAAGCUAGUGGAGAACAAGUUUACCACUACGGAGGAGGAUGGAGAAGAUGUCUGCCGCACGAUCGAGGUCGCGCCGGUUGACAAAAACGGGUUCCAGGCUCCGGACGACGAAGCUGCUGCGUUUUCAGUGGUCUCCGGCGAGGAACUUAACCUGAUUCCGCCGCUCAACUUCUCAAUGGUCGACAACGGUAUUUUCCGGUCUGGAUUCCCUGAUUCCGCUAACUUCUCCUUCCUCCAGACUCUCGGCCUCCGCUCAAUCAUAUAUCUGUGCCCGGAGCCUUACCCGGAGAGUAACAUCCAAUUCCUCAAAUCCAAUGGAAUUAGGCUUUUCCAGUUUGGCAUUGAAGGCAACAAGGAGCCAUUUGUGAAUAUUCCAGACCAUAAAAUCCGCAAUGCACUCAAAGUCCUUCUAGAUGAGAAAAACCAUCCUGUUCUGAUUCAUUGUAAGCGAGGCAAGCAUCGGACUGGCUGUCUUGUUGGGUGCUUGAGAAAGCUCCAGAAAUGGUGUUUGACAUCGAUAUUCGAUGAGUACCAGCGAUUCGCAGCAGCGAAAGCUAGAGUUUCAGAUCAAAGAUUCAUGGAGAUAUUCGACGUUUCGAGCUUGAGUCAUAUUCCUAUGUCUUUCUCUUGUUCCACCAGCUAAACAGAGAACCUAAAAUCGUCUCUCGACGUAGAAGAAGAAAGCCAAGAAAAAGGAGAGAUUAUUAUAAGGAUCACACCAAGAGUUCCAGAGUAGUCAUUUUUCUGUUUCUUUCCCCGUCUGGAAUCAAAUAAUAAUAUUUCGAGAAGAAAUUUUCUUUCUGAUAAUUAUUCUACUACUACCCUUUUUCUGCUCAGUGUAACCAUUUUAGGUAGAUAAAUAUAUAUAUAUACUAGUUUGUUUAGAAUAUACAGUUUUUUUUUUGGUGGUUCCCAAUUGUAGCUUACCGAUUAUUAUUACUUGCUAAAUGUAUUGCAUUUUUCAGA